GUAGGCUGGAACUUUCAUCAGCCCGUUGCGUGAUUCCUUUCCCGUGUCUGGGCCCCAGAUGGCACGCAUCUCUGCAUGGUAUUUGAUAUCCUCUCUGCGAGCCGCUGUGGACGGUCCAGCGGACGGUUCGAGGGGAAUGUAACUUCCCUUGGAGGUUCUGAGACCGGUGGUGCGAAAUGAUCUUACAGGGUCUUGAAUAUCUGCAUUCACAAUGUCGGGUGAUUCAUACAGACCUCAAACCCGACAACAUCCUCCUCUCGCUUCGAAACCCAUCUAUCCUCGAAGAGGUUGCUCAGGAGGAGAUGACCGACCCUCGACCUCAGAAACAUCUAGGGGAUCGAAUAAUCUAUCUCUCCCGGAACCAGUUUGGUUUAGAAGUACGAGAUCUAGGGAGGCCAGUGAUUCCGGAUUUCGGACUAGCGGUGGAUGGAUCUAAGAUUCAUACUCAUACUCAUCGCAUUCAACCGGAUGAGUACCGAACCCCGGAAGUCAUUCUGGGGAGGAUUGGAGCUGUAGUGCUGAUGUUUGGAAUUUGGGGCUUGCGGUAUGUUUAUCGUUUUCUGUUAGGGAAUUCUAAGUAAUGAUAAGGAAGUAGAUGUUGGAUCUUGUAAGAGGGAGUGGGCCUUUUGAUCCGCCAGAAUCAGAUCCGUCCGUCUUCUCGGAAGAGAAGCAUUUAGCUCGCAUUAUAUCGAUACUGG